UCCCUCGUCGGCAUCGGCGGUGACGUUUCACUGUUACACACAUGACAUAACAGAGCAACACAGUCAAGGUUAUGUAGCGCAUUCAAGAGGAAGAAUGGGCUCACAUAUGGCAUAUAUUAGUCGGUCAGUCACCAAAUGACAGGAUGCAUUUUGCUGAUUUCGUGUCUGGAUCAUUUGCAGGGGCAUGUGGAGUUGCAGUGGGCUACCCUCUGGACACUGUGAAGGUUCGGAUACAAACACAGAAACAGUUCACAGGUGUAUAUCAGUGUGUAGUGGAGACAUUUUCAAAAGAAGGGGUGCAUGGCUUCUUCAAAGGCAUGUCCUUACCCAUUGCCACAAUCUCUAUGACGUCCUCGGUGGUGUUUGGCACAUACCGGAACUGCUUGCAGUGUCUGAGCCAGGCACGAGGAGCUUGUUGUGGUCCAAACACCAAACUGGAUGUCUUCCUGUCUGGAAUGGCCGGCGGUGUAGCUCAGGUAUCAGUGAUGUCUCCAGGUGACAUUGUGAAAGUACGUCUGCAGUGUCAGACAGAGUCCAGGCGAGCAUUAACCAAGACGCCCAAGCCAAAGUACCACGGUCCAGUUCACUGCCUGCUAACCAUCGUCAAACAGGAGGGACUCAUGGGGCUCUACAGAGGAGCUCUUCCUCUCAUGUUAAGAGAUGGGCCAUCAUAUGCCACUUACUUUUUGACAUAUGCAACUAUCUGUGAAUGGUUUGCAGGUGGCAGUAAGAAAAAGUUAGAUUGGUAUGUUGUGAUGCUGGCUGGGGGAAUAGCAGGAAUGGCCGGCUGGACUAUAGGAACACCCAUGGACGUCAUCAAAGCGCGCCUUCAGAUGGAUGGAGCAAGGGAGACAAAGAAAUAUAAGGGCUUUUUCCACUGCAUAGCUGAGACUGCAAGAGUGGAGGGAACUGGGGUUUUCUUCAGGAGCCUAGGCAUCAAUUGGCUGCGUGCAUUCCCUGUAAACAUGGUGGUGUUUUUUACAUAUGAGGUUCUAACUGGUUUUUUCCAAGCUGGAGGUGAAGGUGUUGACCCGCCUCAGUUAGGGUUAGAAUAAUAUUUGCCAACCUCCAGGCUGCUUGAUAUGUAAUAGCAUUCAACUGUUUUAUGCAAUUUUGCAUUGCAUUGCAAUAUUUUAAAAGAAAGAUAAUUUCAUUGGCACUGUUACACUGUUACAUAUAAUGCAUACAUUAGUAAGUGAUACAAUACAUUUUUAGUGUAAAGUUUAAGUGUCAAGCUACCAAGACUUUUUGGCAUGAUCCAUGUGACCACUAGAUGGCCUCCCUGACCAACUUGUUACAUUUUGGCCUUUGUUUUUCUGCUCUGCCUAAAAGUAAGAAAACAGUCUGCAGAGUCAUUAAAGGAAUUUUGUGAGUUACUUUAUUCAAGACCGUUUAGGUCUUCAGCUUAAAAUGAGCCGCAGUACGCACAGUUUACAGCAACCAUGUUACCUGUCCACAACCAUGCCAUGUAUAUGUUUUUAGUUAGUGCAGUUUUUUUGGCUGUUUCCGAAAAUGUUACAUGUGGAGAAUGUGACUUAAAUAUGCUGAACAUAAAUCAGUAUAUUGUUAAGCAUUUUUGAACUGAAUUAUUUAUUAAUUGAAUGACUUUUUAAAAAUAGACUCAGGAUUACAUUUUGCAUAUCACCAAAUAGGACUUUAUGAGUCCUAUUUAAAUCUUUAAAACAAGUUAUCUGUAUCUAUAAUAUAAUAUUGGAGCCUAUCUACAUUUACUCAUACAUUUCCGUUUUUCUCGCUUUCCACUUUCUUUCUCAUUUCUGAAAAUACAGCACAUUUUAACUACUGCUGGCUAUGGUUUUAUUUUGAGGUCUUGUGGGUGCACAGAAAAAUCAGGGAUCUUCAAACACUAGGAAUGUUGCAAAUUAUGUAUCUCCAGCAAUGUGUUUGUACAGGUAUUAUGAGAAUGUUCAAUGUGCUUUCCACAAUAAAGGAAGUUUGCAGAAAA